CCGCCGAUCGCGCGCCCGAGCUGCCGCGGGCCAUGGCGUUCCUGUGCACCGCGGCCGUGGACGCCCUCGUGCCGCCCUGCUUCCUCCUCGCAGAGGCGCUGCAGGAGCCGCGGGGCUGGGUGGCCUUCGCCCACGAGUGGCUGCUCCCCAACAUCCGAUCUUCUUUUUCGCACUCCCUGCUGGACGUACCCGUGCUGACACUGGUGCGGGUGGCGUGCCUCGUGGCCGUAAUCCGGUCCAGCACCAGUGGCGGGGCAAGGCCCCUCGUGCUGGCGGUCGCUUACCCGGCCUUCCGGAUCUCCACGCUGGGGUACACGUGUUACAUUCGAGGAAGACUCGGGGAGCUCGACUUCCGGGCGCUACCGUCCCCGGCGCUGGGCUACUUGCUGUGCGGGGCCUCCCUGUACGCCUGCUGGAUAUCAUCGGUGCUGCCCUACCUCCAGGCAUGCACAUCCCCACCUGUGUGGGCAAGUCGGCCAGCGCGGCCAAGGCCACGCCAGUGGGGACGGGGAUCGGUGAAGCGAUGCCCAAGGCCGCCGAGGGCCCGGUGUCGUACGGGCGGGCCCCCCUCCUCGGCGACUGCGCCAUCUGCCUCGAGGCUCUCACGCCCAGCGAGCAGGGCGCGCGCCUGUGCCAGGUGCCGGCGCACUGCUUCCACGAGCGCUGCCUGCGGCCGUGGGCCCGCAGCCACGGCAGCUGCCCCCUCUGCCGCGGCAUGCCGCGCGGCGCUUUCGUCUGA